AUUGGCGCAAAAAAUGUAACAAAUCAAAAAAAGAAAUGUAACAAAAAAAAAAGAAGAAGAUGUAUAUAUAAAAUAAAACGAAAAUGUCUUUUGGUACGAAUCACAAUAUGCAUUCUUCUAUCUGGUUUAAUCCAUGAAUGGUACUCCAAAGCAUGAACGCCGUUGGGCGUCCGACACCGUUCUCGCGAAUAUAACUGUUACCACCAAUAAUUCACCGGGAACGGAGUCCAAUUCCGACACCAACGACGAAUAUGUUGAGGUCACUCUUGAUCUUCAUAAAGAUGACACCGUCGUUCUCCGCGGCAUUGAGCCGGUGGUCUCUACCAUUAACCUCGACGGCGGUGUCAACACCACCGUAAAUGAAACCACGACAUCAACUGCAAGGUCUUCUUCUUCGAUGAUCAGGAGAAACUCUUCUAGCAUGUUGCGACGUUUAUCGCAUGAGGUGAAUGCCAAGGCAAAGCAGUUUUCACAAGAGCUUAAGCGAUUCUCAUUGAGUCACGCCGUGUCUGAUUCGGUAUUGGCCGCUCGUGAUCUUAGGAAACAACGCGCUCAGCAUGAUCGAAAUCGUUCCUCUACGAAGAAAGCACUCCGUGGAUUGAAAUUUAUUACUAGUAAAUCCAAUGACGUUGAUGCUUGGAAUGAGACGCAGAGCAAUUUCGAUAGAUUUGCCAAAGACGGUUUUCUCCAUCGUGCCGAUUUCGCACAAUGCAUUGGUAUGGGGAAUUCUAAGGAGUUUGGUAUGGAAAUGUUUGAUGCCUUGAAUCGUAGACGAAGAUCAAAGGUUGAAAAGAUAAAUAGAGACGAGUUUCGUGAAUUUUGGACGCAAAUUACCGAUCAAAGUUUUGAUUCGCGGCUCCAAAUCUUCUUUGACAUGGUGGACAAGAACGAAGAUGGUAGAAUCACGGAAGAAGACGUGAAAGAGAUUAUUGUGCUAAGUGCUUCAGCAAAUAAGUUGUCCAGAUUGAAGGAACAAGCUGGAGAAUAUGCAGCGCUAAUCAUGGAAGAGUUAGACCGUGAAAGACUUGGUUACAUCGAGCUAUGGCAAUUGGAGACGCUUCUAUUACAAAAGGACACAUACCUCAACUACAGCCAGGCUCUAAGCUUCACAAGUCAAACUUUGAGCCAGAACCUACAAGGACUAAGGAAGAAAUGUUUGAUACGUAGGAUGACCCGCAAGUUGCUCUACUAUUUGCAAGAAAAUUGGAGGAGACUUUGGGUUUUGACACUGUGGAUUUCCAUAAUGAUUGGGCUGUUUACAUGGAAGUUCAUCCAGUACAAGCGAAAAGAUGCGUAUUAUAUCAUGGGUUAUUGUCUACUCAUGGCUAAAGGUGGGGCUGAGACCCUGAAGUUCAAUAUGGCUCUUAUACUCUUGCCUGUAUGCAGAAACACCAUAACUUGGCUUAGGUCUACCAAACUGGCCUACAUUGUACCUUUUGAUGAUAACAUCAACUUUCAUAAGACAAUUGCUGCGGCCAUAGUCAUUGGAGUUAUACUUCAUGUCGGGAGUCACCUUGCAUGUGAUUUCCCAAGACUUGUAAAUUCCUCUGAAGAUGAGUAUAAAAAGUAUUUAAAUGGCGUAUUUGGUGAUAGUGCACCCAGUUACGGAGACCUUGUUAAAGGGAUAGAGGGUGUGACUGGAAUUUUGAUGGUCGUUUAUAUGGCCAUUGCAUUUAUAAUUGCAACAAAAUGGUUCAGGAGAAAUCUCAUUAAUCUACCUAGACCAUUUAAUAGGCUUACAGGUUUCAAUGCCUUCUGGUAUUCACACCAUUUAUUUGUCAUUGUCUAUGUCCUUCUCAUCAUUCACGGUGCAAACCUUUACCUCGUGCGCAAAUGGGUCCAUCAAACGACAUGGAUGUAUCUUGCAAUUCCAAUUUUACUUUAUGCGGGAGAAAGAACACUCAGAUUCUUUCGUUCUGGUUUCAACACAGUCCGAAUUAUAAAGGUUGCAAUCUAUCCUGGAAAUGUUCUCACAUUGCAAAUGUCGAAACCACCCCAAUUUCGUUACAAGAGCGGACAAUACAUGUUUGUACAAUGUCCUGCUGUUUCUCCAUUUGAGUGGCAUCCGUUUUCUAUUACCUCAUCCCCUGGUGAUGACUACCUGAGUGUUCACAUCCGACAACUGGGAGAUUGGACUUCUGAGCUUAAAAGGGUAUUCUCUGAGGCCUGUGAGCCUCCCUUAGCCGGGUUGAGCGGUCUUCUCAGGGCUGAUGAAACCACCAAGAAAAGUUUACCCAAGCUAAGGAUAGACGGACCUUACGGCGCACCAGCACAGGACUAUGCAAAAUAUGAUGUCCUGUUACUUGUGGGUCUUGGAAUAGGAGCAACACCUUUUAUCAGCAUCCUAAAAGAUCUUCUCUAUAACAUUGUCAAAAUGGAGAACCAAGCGGAAUCAGUUUCUGAAUCAAGUAGAGGUUCAAACUCCACCGUUAGGAGCUCAGAUCCACUGUUUCGUAAUAAAGUUUCUUCUAAACGGAAGAAAACACUGAAGACUACCAACGCUUAUUUCUACUGGGUAACAAGAGAACAAGGUUCUUUCGAUUGGUUUAAAGGGGUCAUGAAUGAAGUUGAUGAAAUAGAUAAGAAGGGAGUUAUUGAGAUGCACAACUACUUGACCAGUGUAUACGAGGAAGGAGAUGCCAGAUCUGCCCUCGUCACCAUGGUGCAAGCCCUUAACCAUGCCAAAAAUGGAGUUGAUAUUGUUUCUGGGACUCGGGUGCGAACUCAUUUUGCAAGGCCUAGAUGGAAGAAGGUUUUCUCUAAAAUGUGUUCUAAGCAUUGUAAUAAACGAAUAGGGGUAUUUUAUUGUGGAGCACCAAUUUUGGCCAAAGAAUUGAGCAAGCUUUGUUUCGAGUUCAACAAAAAUGGUGCAACAAAAUUUGAGUUCCACAAGGAACAUUUCUAAGGAAUAUGGACGGAGCUUUCACAUAUCAUAUAAACCUGUCAUUUUAGCAACCUAUUGUAGGCAGAUAGCUAGGACCUUUUUGUAUAGAAUGUAAAGCAAGAAUUGUACAUACCGACGGCUAUAUAUCAAUGGGCCGUCAUACAUGUUCAUGUGGUGGCAUUGCAAGGGAGAUGUGUUCAUACUCGGCUCCAUCAAGUCAGCAACAGUGCUGCAGUUGGAGACCUUAACUGGUGGAUUUGCAUUCUGGAGGGCCGCAUGCAUUGUUGGCAGAUACAUUCACAGGAAUAUUGACAGUUUUUGAAAGGACUCAGGUCGGUAUAAGAGUAUUUUGUAAAAAAAAAAGAAGGUUGGUAUAGGAGUUGGACAGAGAAGAAUGGUUGAGAAUGUUGUUUAUUAAUUAUUAUUGAAAAUUAUGUAUAUUUUUUCAAAAGACUUGUGUAGAAUAAUUAUGAUAUUGCCAUCAACAUGCUGUCAUUCUUG